AUGAACGGCUCUGCCAACGGGCACAGAAUCACCAGCGAUCACGAAGUAACCACCCUCAGCGGCGGUAGCACAAUCUCGCUGCCUCAGAUCCACGAAGCUCUCGAGAUAGUCCACGGUACCUACUCGUCGAACAACUCCCGCCGUGAAGCUGGUAUCUUCUUGGAUAACGUCAAGAAUAACGCCGAGGCGCCCUACCAUGGCUUCACUUUAGCCUCCGACAAGGGCCAGCAGCCCGUGGUGCGCCACUUUGCCCUCUCCCUCCUCGAGCAUGCGAUAAAAUACAAUUGGCAAGAAUACUCGGAGGCACAGGAGACAGCGUUGCGGGGAUGGAUUCUGCAGCUAUCACAAGACGUUUCGCCAGAGGACCCGCUGUAUCUGCGGAAUAAGACGGCGCAGUUAUGGGUUGAGAUUGCAAAGAGGAGCUGGGCUUCAGAGUGGCUCGAUAUGGAUGAGCUGCUAGUACGGCUCUGGGAGGUGCCUGGAUCGGUGGUGCACAAGGAAUUUGUGCUAUUCAUUCUAGAGACACUUUCGGAAGAGGUCUUCAAUGGAGAAGAUACAGUUGCGGUACUGAGGGAGGGAGCGCUCAGCAAGGCAUGCGUAGAAAUUUUUACGCCAGCCAUUGUCCUUGCUGAAGCCUUCCCAAACCGUCGGCCGGGGACUCCGGUACGAUAUGGGGAAGAGGGGUGGCUGAUGAUAUCGAAUCUUGGUAGCUUUAUUGAGACAAAAAUCUCGGCUAUUCCCGAAAAUUGCGACUUGCCCAACCUCCUCAAUCUCUUUCUUGCUAUUGCUCAAAGCCAAAGCUUUGUCGUUUCAAUACCUCUUCUCGUUACUUGGACCCGGCUUCUUCGUUCAGAUACCAUUGGCAGCUCUCCCACCAUCACCCCUCUAAUUGCACCUCUGCUUGAGUUAUGCAGCUCAAGAUUAAUACGCUACGAGAGUCUUCCCGAAGACUACGAUGAUCCGACCUUAAUAUUCUUACUCGAGGAUAUUGACACAAUCCCCGAGCGACACGCGUUCCUUGGUAACUACCGACGGUACAGUGUGACAAUUCUGGAAUGCAUUGUCCGUCAAAAGAGAUCAGAAGCCAUCUAUCACAUUUUGGGUCAGGUUGACCAAUCGAUGCGGCAACUCUACGACGGACAGCCUCCGUUCUCAAUGGAAUCUUACGCCAAAACAUCGAUGCCAGUCUUGCGGACGGACGCUCACUUCGCUGUUGUGGAGGCCACGUUGAAAGGCUACAUGAAGUGGAGAUCAUCACACGGAUCCAAACCUUUGCAAGAUGUAAAACACUCUACUGGGUGCACUAGUGAGUCCCAUGCUAAGAUUAACCAGGAGCAGGAACGUAGCGCGAUAGAGAGUAACAUUGAAGCGUGGUGCGAGCGGCUGCUCGAAUUGAACUACGAGGAUCCAAUCAUUCGGAAGCGGAUUCUUCAGCUUCUUGUUGCAUUUUCGACAACAGCCCUAGAUACAAAGACACCGUUUAUGCUCAAGGUUUUAGAGUACAUUUUGAUGAGCAGACCUGUGGAACGACCAGAAUACCCUGCUUACAACGACGCCGUGAAAGAGUUACAAGCAGAUGGCGUUUAUGAGUUACAACGGAUAGCGACCAAAAUGCCUGACCAACUUCUGGAUGUCUAUGAGCAGCUUGAAGCAAAAGUAAACGAGAUCAUAUCUUCUGGAACAUUAGACUUGAAGCGGCAAACUUCUUACCAAACUUUCCUUUUCACCAUCAUCCUUCGCGCCUCAAAGAUAGACCACGACAUGCGCGUGCAAAAGCUCCUCGCAUUCGUCAACCCCGUGAAGCAGCUAUGGCAAAAUCAAGAAAUGGAGCAAGCUUUAGCUUCAUUUGGAGGCUUUUCCGAGAUGCUUGGUCUUAGCAAGGUCAGAGAAUACCUCGCUUCGCGGCGGGUUCAUGAGAUCGAUGAGUGGGGGCUGUACCAGCUCGAUGUGGAAGGCCAGUCGAUCCAGAAAGAGCUGGAAGAGCGACUAAAGGCUCUGCCGCUGCGGACAACCAAAUCUUUUCUAGCUUCUUCGACGGAAAAGGUUGAGAAGGACAGCCCACCUUACAAAGUAUCACUUGUGUUGUGGCGUGAAGCUCUACCAGUUAUUCUUCCGAAUUUGCUAAAGUUCUUGAGCCAUGCACACGCCUUCCAUAACACAGCCAACUGGGCGGGCCUUCCUCCCGAUAUGCAAAUAGUGGUCAAUCGCAUCUUAACGGACCGUUUUUGGCAAGCCGGCAUAUCAGAGGGGAGCAAAGAUGACUUCUAUGCUCGGGUAUCAGGUACCAGACAGACCAUGGAAGGUUUCGCUUCCUCGAUUCGUGGCACCAUCCGCACUAUUCGAGAGGCUUGCUACUCUAUCCUCUGGUGUAUGAGCAGACUAGGCAUGGACUUCUAUGGCUUCAGUGAACUACCUGGCCCAUUAGCGCAUUCGCUUUUUGCCGAUGCGGAUUGUCUCUCUUCGCACCAGCUCAUUGCGCUGCUCAGUGUGGUUCGUUUGCUGGUAGAUGACUGCCCGGUUGAGCUCCGCAGCCACUUCGUCCCGCCGAUAUUGGCGACUUGCUUUGUCCAAAUGGACGCAAAGUGCAGCUCAGAGUGGGAGAAACUUGCUCGGAAGCAGGUUGCAGCUAGCGAUGGUGAUAACCUCACCGAGGAAAUGAAGGAGGAGAGCAUCUUGCGGCAAUUGACACAUUCUGCAGUCAUGAUGAUUGGCGGAAUGUUAGAUCCUGCACGUCCCAAUCCUGGUGCAAGUGCUACAACGGCGAAAGAUUCGUCCACGUACGAAAACACCAAUCCAGUAUCUGCCUAUCCGUCGAUGCGCACAUUCUGUCUUACUUCAUCAACUAUUCUCGAGCCUUUGCUCAUGUUUCUUACCCACGCGAUUCGGAUGCGCGAUAGUCGAUGCUGUGGUGUCGUUCUCCGAAUCUUCCGUUCCCUCGUCCCUGAUUUCGUCUCUCAAGAUGCACCUCUCUCGUCUACCAUCCGAGAGUUCAUUAGCACGGAUGUACUUAAAGCCUGCAUCUCCUCAUUAAAUGAGCCUUACUUUGUCGAGCUCCAAAGAGAACUCGCAACGGUCGUCGGCUCCGUCCUCAUCUACUACUCGAAACUUACUCCCACUCCACGCCAAAUUCUCGUCAGCAUCCCCGGCGUCCAAGAAAGCGCAGUCGACAAAUGCAUCGAAUACAUCACCCGCCCAGGCAUGCUGCAGCGCCAGCAGCGCGCCUUGGUCCUCGACCUCCUCCGCGACAUCAAGGGCGUAAGCAUCAGCGAGCAAGGCCGUAUCGCCAAGUCAACCCCGGCGGUACGACAACAAAACCGGAGUAAGAUGCAGCAGGAAUUCAUGAAGGAGCAGCCUGCGCCCGAACCGAGAAAGGCCUCACCUAGCUUGGAGGGUGUGGCGAGCAUGUUUGUGGAGCUGUGA